UCCCACCCCACCUGGUCAAUCAAUCAAUCAAUCAAUCACUGUCAUGAAGCCCAAGUGACAAACUAAAAAGCAUGAGGGAUUCUCCUCAAGGAUUGUCCUUCUAGAACCUACUGAUACAAGCCCAAGCCCAAUCAACAACCUCCAAAACUACAAAUCAAGCUAUCCGCAGGUGUGUCACUAAAUGCAUCUUGUGAUCGAAGGAGAUAUACUCACAAGGAGCAUCAGAUUCUCCACAAGCUGUCCAUUGAAAAUGCGUCUGCCCUACGCCCCCUCCGAGCCUCCCUCGUCGGACCCCGACGCCGUGGACAUCUACGCCCGCAUUGCCGCCCGUCGCAACCCACGCCCGCUUAUACCGCUCGAUCUAUCCCUCCUGCAUUCGCCCCCGGUCGCAGAUGGCUGGAAUAGCUUCCUUGGUGCCAUCCGGACCCGCACCAUCAUCGACCAGGGCCUACUUGAGCUUGCCGUCUGUCGCGUGGCGGUCUUGACCCAGGCGGUCUACGAAUGGAAUGCCCAUGCCCCACUGGCCCUGAAGGGCGGAAUUCAACCACAAGUGUUACAGGCGGUGCGGACGCUACCCUCUACCGCCACCGGGGAAGCUGGAGAGGUAUUGAAAGCCAAUGAGGCCUUGGAACAGAGCUCCUUGACGUCCCGGCAAAAAGCGAUCGUGCAGUAUGCGGAUGAAAUGACGCAGACGGUCAAGGUCCGGGACUCGACUUUCGGCCGAUUGCAAACGGAAGGGUUCUCGGAUCGCGAGAUCGUAGAGUUGACGACGGGCAUUGCGGGGUACAACUGUGUCAGCCGGGUGCUGGUUGCAUUGGAUGUUGGGGAGAAUAACGCGAAGGAAAUGAAGAGCGUGGAUGAGUUGGUUGGGAAAUAACAACUUGGAUCUAUGCACAGUGAUACUUUAGUCUAUACGGCAUAUGAUGAAUAUUACUCAGGUUGCAGCGCAGCUUCCUCG